AUGGCGGACAAGACAGUUAAAAUUAAACAUUUUGAUGAAAAACUUAAAAGUAGAGGCUGGAAUCUAAGCCUGGAUGCAAUAAACGAAUUCUUGCAGCAACUCGAACUAUCGAAACGAGAGCAUUCCGUUGAAAACGUUUGCAAGUUGGCCAUCAAUUGCAACCUAAAGGAGAUUGGUACUAAAAGACUUUCUGAGUAUGUGAAACGUGGACAAGUUCAAUCGGUGGAAGGACCCUUUGUCUUACAAAUACAGAAAAUUCGAAAUAUCUCUGCUCCAAAAGCUAAUGAAGAAUCAUCAAUAGCACCACGAUUGCUAAAACUACAACUCACUGAUGGUCACACAACAUGUUUUGCUCUGGAACAUUCACAUAUACAAAAGUUAAGCCUGUCAACUCUACCUGGUACUAAGAUACGUUUGAAAGGCGUCAUUCCCUUGAUAUGUGGCUUUAUGCUGUUGGAGUCUUGUCACGUCGAUAUUCUUGGUGGAAGAGUUGAACACCUUGUUUUGAAAUGGGAAGCUAAUAAGAGUGCAAGCCAACAGAGAGUUCAGGGUCUUCCUCGUGACGAAGGCCCCCCAUUGUUCACGCGUUUUGAUCCUAAGACAAAUGGGAUGUCAACGAGUAAAAUAGUAUGGAAAGCCAGUGCUCGCGAAAAUAUUGCCUCCAAAGAAACGGAGGUUGAUGAAGAUGAUGGCAAAACUGAGAACAAGGCUUUUAAGGAAAGUAGAGACCAACGAAUUCAGAGUGCUUCAGACCACAAUAAAGUAUCUAAACCUACCACAAGUGGUAGCACAAACUUGAAGAACAGCAGUGAAGGAUCGAGCUGUGCUCACCCAAGCUCUAGCGGUAGAAUUGAUCAUGAUAACAUCGAAUGGCAAGCCAAUGAAGGUCGCCAUGGGCAAAAAACAUCUGUUGAACCUCAAAGUAAAAGUAGGAACACUCUGUUUCAAAAGAAAGAUGGGCAGAAAGUCCAAGAGAAUUUCAAUUCUAAAAAGAAAGAAGUGCGAAGCAAAGAGAGACACCAUGAAAAAUUCAGUGAUGAACAGCACAUAUCAAGACCUUCGGAAGGAACUCUUUGGGAUUUCUUAGAAACCAAGCUUCCCCCAAAAAAUUGUGUAUCGGAAACUGCUGACGGGAAGACAGAAAAUAGCGGCACCUAUAAGUCUGAAAGCAGAAAAAAUGAAACUCAACGUAAUGUUGAUUGUAACAAACAUAACAAUCUUGCAGCGUUGGGAAAUCGCCAAGAGCAAGCCGUUAUAGUCGGUGAUAGUACUGAAAAGCGAAACAAAUCUCGCCAAAAUGAUAAUUACAGAAGCAAGGAGAAAAAUCCCAGGCGAUCAAAUAUUGAACAUAAUUUUAAUGAAAGUGAUAAUCGCUCAAAAGCUCGCUCCUGUAAAGUAAAUGACAGGAAUCGAAAUUCGUCAAUAACUGAUGGACUGAGCUCAAGAAAUCACUGUAAAUACCGACCCAGCGAACGCGAACCCGCUGUCACGAAUGCCAAAGGUAACGGGGGCUCACAUAAAGAGCAACAUAAAGAAAGCAAAUGUGACUUGAAAGCGAAUUAUGAAAAGAAAAAGUAUCCACAAUUAUUAAAUCCCGAUGGCAAACGAGAAAUAAAUUCUAAGAACAGAUGUCAUGAUAUGGAUAUCAAAGAUAUGAAUAUGAAUAAAAAUUUGGAAUAUUCGAAAAAUAUAAGUUCGCGGAAGUAUGAUCAAUUUGCUACAAAAAAUCAAUCUAAGAAUUCGAAUGGUAAACAACGUUCUUUUGAUUCCGAAGCUGAAGAGACGGGAAGGGUUGAAAUCUGCAAAUCAAAAAGUGAAGAUCGUUCACAGAAGGAAACUGGAGAAAGAUUGGUGGAGAUCAGUCAAAGAAGACAAAACAGCAUGUCUGUAAACAAAGCAGUAGUGGGCAACCUCGUUAUGACAGUAAAAUUACUGUUUCAAAUAACAAGCAUUGGUGGACAGAAGGCGAAGAUUGUAUGGCAAUUUAUGCCGAACACGGCCAGUACUACCUUGCGAGGGUGAUUAAAGUGGAACCUCGUCGAAAAAGUUGUGUCAUAGUUUUCGUUGACACUGGCGUCCAGGAUAGUCUUAGUUGGUCAAAUCUUUUGCCAUUGGAAAUGUUAUCCACCGAUGGAGGACCUUUACAAUCUGAAGGAAGUGAACUCAACGAAGAAUCAUACCCUCCUUUGCAGAAAAGCGAAACAGUCGAGCCCAGGAAGGAUUCGAGGCAAACACAACAAGCAAAGAUACAUGGAAGUGAAACUGAACGACGGAAGCACCGACCUACGCAAACAUUUUAUAGACCGCCGAGAGGAAAUGCUGAUUAACAGUUUACAAAUUUUCACACUAAUGAUUGUUAAUAGAUAUUUAACGUAUCAUUGUUCAAUGAACAUAUGAAUACACAUAUUUUCCUGAAAUUUGGUAUUUUCUGAAAACGAUUAAUGUACAUACAUUGUGGGAAGAUAUAAUCCACGAUUGAUGCACAAAAUGCGUGUGAAUAAAAAUCAAUUAAUCUGCGAA